AUGGAAAAUAUUGAAGCUUAAAAUAAAACCAAAAGGCAAAAGCUCGUAAAUAUAAAGCCAAAAAAAUCUAUAAGACAUUUGAUUGCUCACAGAUUUAAAUCACUAGAUUAAUUUGGUAGAAAGGUUUUAUUGACUUUUGAAGGUGAAGAAUCAUACAAGACUUCAUUUGGUGCAUUAAUAUCUUUGUUCUUGAUCAUUACACUACUUUGUUACGCAGCUUUUAAAGGGAUUAAUCUUUACAACAAAUAUAAUCCUAACAUUUCAAGAGUUUCCUUGAUUAGAGAUAUGAGCGAUGGACUCCUAGUAAAGCCAUAGAAUACAGGUUUUGACUUUGCAAUUGGUCUUCGAAAGGAUCUUCAUCCUUCUAUUGGAUUCAUUACUAUAAAGCAAGCAGGUUAUUAUAUUACAGAUUAACUUGAUUAAUAUGGAAAUCCAAAGAGACCGAAACUCACAUACCCUUUAAAAUUUCACAAAUGCGGGACCGAAUAUUUCAAUUAUCCUAAUCAAUCUGAGGUGGUUGAAAAAGGAAUAUCUAACUAUCUCUGUCUAGAUAAAGAUGAUUACAAAUUUCAAGGGAAUUUCUAUUAAAAGAAUUUUUAAUACCUAGAGAUAAAACUGUGGAAAUGUCAGAACUAAUCUAGCAUCGCGAAUAGGACAGAUGUUCCGAAUUCAGAUGGCACUUAUGACUAUAAUUAUAGUGGAGAGUGCCAAGAUUAAUAGGUGAUUGAUGAUUAUUUCAACUAAGAAGUAUUUAGUUUGGCUUUCAUUAAUACAUAUUUUGACUUCUUUAAUUUCAGAGAGUAAAAUCCAAUAAGAAAAUUUAUAGAUGAUUAAUUUUUCCUUGAACUUGAAUCCUCAAAAAUCAAAAAAGCUAAUAUAUACUUUCAAGUAUAGAAAGGUAAUCUGCAAGAUGAAUACAUAUAAUUUGGUUAAUAUGAAGAAAUUGAAUUCCAUUAGCUAAAAAAUUUUCGUCAAUAUGAUAAGGGCUAUACAAAUGAUGAAGGGCAUAUAGUUGCAUUAUACAUGAGACUUGAUAAUGAAUAUGAUCUUUAUAAUAGAAAAAUUUAUUCAAUCCUUGAGCUAUUGGGAGAUAUUGGUGGAUUAUAUAGAGCUCUCUCGGCUAUAGGUAUCUUUAUUGUAGCCUAGAUUGCUAGCACUUUGUUUUUUAGUGAUGUAAUGACUAAAAUUUAUCAGGUAUUUGAUAAUAAUGGAGAACUUAGUAAGUAGAAUAAUAACACAGAGGAAGUCAAUUACUCACCAUCAACCAAUUUAUAAAAUGUAUUUUCUGGGGAAGAUACUCUAAAAUCUGAUAAAGAAUAGAAAAAAAUACAAAAAUGCCAAAGAUUGAUGCUGAGUAAUCUCAAAAUAGAAGAAAAUAAAAGAAGUUAGAAUCUAAAAGACAAAAAUUCUGUGGACAGUGAUGAUAUACAAGGAUUGCUGAAUUCUUUUAUGACUAGAAAACUUGAGCUAGAACUUGAUGUUAUUCAUCUAGUUAAAACUCUUAGAAAGUUUAAGCUACUUGCUUAAGCAUAACUCAAUUAGCAGCAUAGAAUGUUACUAAGAUUUCAAAGGCAAAAUUUGAUAGAGACAAGCUCAGAAUCAUCAGAUUCAGAUGAUAAUCAUUUGGAGCCUUUAGGACUAUUGGAGUCUUAAAACCCUAUGAUAAAAUUGGUAACAUUGGGUAAACUUAAGAAAAUGAUGAAGUCUUUUGAAGGAAAAUCACUAAAUAGUAUAGAAUCUAAUCUUAUAAGAGGAGUAUUCAAGAGAAAACUGAAAGACUUCUAAGAUGAGUUAAAGAAAAUUACCCUUAUUUAACGAGUGUUUUCAACUACUUGUGCUUAGUCCCUAGAAUAGGACAGUAAUUACAACUUAGAGAGAGAUGAAGAAGACUAUAUCCCAGAAUAAAGGAAUAUUUAUGAAUCAGAUGAAAAUUGA